AUGGGAGUGGGAAAUGUAACUGCCGCUUUAGGAGGCCACAUCCACUUUGAGGAUGCCACUCCCCCUACAGUGGUGGCCACGCCCCCAGCCAGUCCAGAUGCUAGUCCACAGACUUGUAUUUUGAUUAGUCUUGUGGAUGUGACUGUUGGCAUUUUUUAUCAGGAAGAUAGUAUAAGCAUCUACACGGCUUCAAUAAUAUCAGAUCUGAUAAAGAAUCGAAUUUUUAUACUCCUAUCACUAGGUAAAGCUAUGGAAUAUUUACACACUAUUGGAGCGUCUGGAUUUGUACCUACAUUUAUAGAACAUCAGUUUCUAUUAUCAAAGAAGACUGCAACUUUUAUUUCUGGAAUUAUUAUAAUUCCAGCAAGUGCAAUUGGUUAUAUUCUAGGAGGUUUCAUUGCUUCCAGUUUAAAAUUGUCUAGUAGAGGUCUUAUGAGACUUAUAAUGAUUUCAUCUGCUGUGUCAUUUAUACUGUUUGCAGUUAUAAUGAUCUUAAACUGUGACCCGAUACCAUUUGCUGGACUCAAUGAAGAUUAUGAUGGGACAGGGCUGUUUUUCAAUCUGACAGCUCCUUGCAAUUCUCGUUGUCAUUGCCCAACUUCAUUUUAUUCUCCUAUAUGUGGAAGAAAUGGUGUGAGCUACUUUUCUUCAUGCUUUGCAGGCUGCAUGAGAUCUAAAAUAACAAAUAAAAUAAAGACAUACUACAAUUGUUCUUGCAUUAAUGUAGGAUUAGUAACUGUAGAUAAAGAUAAUGAAUUUAUUGAUGCUAUUGAUGGACAGUGUGACUCAAACUGCGACAAAUUGCAUUUCUCUAUUGCUAUUUUCUUUUCUGUGAUUGUAUUUUCUGGGCUUUCUGGCAUACCAGGAGAACUGCUCAUUCUCAGUGCUGACAUACUCAAUCACAGUGUGCCAAGAUUUGCUUCUGAUUUUCUUGACAACUUUUCCCCCUUCUUCACUCGAAUGUUAUUUGACACUACGGGAAAAGAUUCUGAAUGA